AACGGGACAUCCGCCAAGGCCUUCAAUACGCUCAUGGCGGUUCAGAUGACAACGGUCAGGAAUGUGACCACAUCUAUACCUUCCAAUGGCGUCUACAUGCUGUACACAAGUUUUCAGUGCUCUCGGCGCUCUAGUCUAUCCGGCCGGCACCGAUGUGUAUGCCUCCAUCGAAGCAAGUUAUUGGUCGACUGAGGAAGCAAGCCUGGAGCCUGCAUGCUUCUUCCGACCUCAUACGAGCACUGAAGUAUCACGUUUCAUAUCUUUGAUAUCGACGGUGACAAAUUGCGAUUUUGCGAUCAAAUCACAAGGACAUGCACCGGCAGCUGGCUCGGCUAACAUAGACAGAGGCGUGACGAUUGACCUGUCAUGGCUGAAUGAAACCACAAUUACCGAAGAUCGAUCUGUCGCGAGUGUAGGAACUGGUUCAAGUUGGGCCGACGUGUAUACGACCUUGAAUCCUUUCAACAAGACUGUAGCCGGUGGUCGGAAUGGAGCGGUCGGAGUUGGUGGCUUGACGCUGGGAGGUGGUAUAUCUUACUAUUCGCCUGAGGUGGGGUGGACUUGCGACACCGUAUUGAACUUCGAGGUAGUUCUCGCUUCCGGUGAAAUCGUCAACGCAAACUCGAGUCACAAUCCCGACUUAUACCGAGCCCUGAAAGGGGGCGGUAAUAACUUUGGUGUGGUCACAAGGAUUGACUAUUCCACUAUUGAUACUGUACCGCUACGAGCUGGCCAUCUAUUUCAAGAGCAGCAAUAUCUUGACCGAGUCCUUGCUGCAUUUGCGAACAUCGCGUCAUCCAUUUCGUACGACAUCCACGCCUCCAUCGUUAUGAGUUUAAGUUUCAAUGCGACUACUCAAGUUUGGACAAUCAUCAGCGUUCCGAUAUACACUCUUCCCAAUCUUAACCCAGAUGUGUAUCAGGAUCUCGUCGCGAUCCCUCGAAUAGAAGAGUUGAGCACUGUGUCCAUAGAGAACAUCAGCACAUUAGCUGUCGAAGCUCCAUACCCACAAAAAUACCAGGCUUUUUUUACAAGCACGUAUGCCGCUUCAAGUCAAUUACUUAUCAAAGUUUUUGAUGUCGCAAACAAGACCUUGCAAUUGGCUCUGCUCCCACUCGACGUUGGUGUCAGCUUAACGUUUGAACCACUCCCAAUCGCAUUGAUUCAGCACGGCGCAAGGGCCAAUUCGCUUGGGAUCUCGCCAUCUGAUGGAAAUGGCGUGAUUCUACUAAUAUCCGUAUCCUGGAGCAACGCGACAUCGUCAGGACCGGCAAACCAUAUCGGAUCGAAACUACUCGAUGCAAUGGAUGCAAGAGCCCGCGUCCUACUUGGCUUGCAUAAGUUCAAAUAUCUGAAUUAUGCGAAUCCUACCCAGCGCCCACUAGAAAAUUAUGGGAAGGAGAACCUAGCAUUCCUGAAAAACGUUAGCACGCGUUACGAUCCUGGGAAAAUCUUCCAAAAGAAAGUCCCGGGAGGCUUCAAAUUGUGGUCAAAAGCCGAGCUUGAGGUAAAGGCUGCGACUGAGUCUUUGUAGGAUAACUGGGGAGGCGGAACCGCGCUCUAUAGUAAGAGAUUCGGCGGACUGCCACAAAGGCUUAGAUAUGAGGUGCUGCAAAUGAUCGGAGCUUGCUCACCGUGACAAGUAAGCCCGUAGCUAAACUGAGGGACUCAACAUUAACUCCUCAGGCAACAAUAUCUUCACGCAGCCUAUCACAUAUUGUACACUUCCAAGUUCGCCAAAUCAUACAUUAACGACAGUCACUACAAGUAUAGAUGAAAUAUGAAUAAUGCGCACUUUUAACAAUCAAAACGCAUCAGUCAUGGCCUUCUUAGGUCGAUUUACUGAGCUCUUUAUGCCUGCUUGGGAAAAGAUUUGCUUGGUAUAUCGCAAGGACACGACCUCGGUGUUCCGCCCCCUAGCGCAUAUAAUUGGAUAUAGGC